GUUAUCGAAGGAGCCAUAAUGUCGUUAGAUAAUCUGUCGGCGUUGGAUCCGAUUCUCACUAAUCUCGGACGUCGUCACGGCAAGCUCGAAGCAAGCGGGAAAUUUCGAUCCUACUACUGGACCACGUUUUUGGAAUGUUCCAUAUAUGUAUUUCGAAAAACGCUCACACAAAGCCGUAAAUAUCCAGACAAGGACAUCGAUACGGCGAUUACAUUGUGGCGAAAUUUACUACGAGACGUGAUGAAAAAAAUCAAGGUAGGUCUUUCAUUCAGUUUUUUAUUUGUAGUUCGAAGGCGCUAUGAAUGA